AUGCUCUUCCUCUCCCUCCUCCCAGCCCUCCUCCUCCCCCUAGCUUACGCCCUUCCCCAGUCCACCACCGAAAAACCCUCUCCAUCAGCUAGCACCACACCCGCCGCUGUCGAGUUUGCACCUGAAGGUUCUGGCAAGAGGCAAGACUCCACCGCCGAAUUCACGCCUGAAGGUUUUGGCAAAAGGCAAGACUCGCAGUACGAGUACCCCAACAUCAACUUUCUCUCCACUUUCCCUGACAACUUGUCGGCGAAUGAGACUAUCAGUUUGAAGUGGGAAGGAGGUGACGGAUUAUACAAUUUGUAUGAGAGGGUUGGGUAUCCUGGGGAAGAUGCUAGUGUCAGCGCUGGCCAGAAGAUCUUGGUGAAUUCCACCCUUACCGAGUUGGACUACAAGAUUGGAAACUAUCCUGUCAAUUCGUCCAUCGUCUUUGGCGUGGAGGAGCAUACCCAGAACUUGUCAAUCAUCGUCGGACAGGAGCAGUCCAGGGUGAUCCCUAUCGUCUGA